AUGACCGGAGAGACCGCCAAGACGGCACCAGUAAAAGCAGACGCGACAGCAACUCAAAUAGAUGAGAAGGCGAAGUUCGCUGUCCCGGAUUGGGCCAGCAGGCCCCCUCCAGGUUCUCAUUUGGAUGUGUGCAAAGGAGAGCAGUUGAUUCAGAAACUGAUGAUUGACGAGAAACCUGCGUAUUACUUUGGGAGAAAUCCGAAACAAGUCGAUUUUGCCGUUGAACAUGCGUCGUGUUCUCGUGUACAUGCGCUGCUGUUGUACCAUGGCAUCUUGAAACGAUUUGCGCUGGUUGACAUGGAAAGUAGUCAUGGUACAUUCUUGGGUCAAGUACGAUUGGAGCCAUUAAAAGUCGUAUUUGUAGACAUCGGAGUACCGUUUCAUUUUGGAGCUUCUACGAGAAGGCAUUGUGGAGCAGUUAACAUGUUUGUUUGCUCUAGGUACACAUUACGGUUAAAACUCAUCCAGUCUAAAGAAAACGAAGACGAAGAGAAAGAAAAGAUGCCAAGCGAACAGGAAUUAGAGAAUGUGACCGAAUAUAAUACGGCAUUGAAUCGACGGAUUCCUCAACUCCCAAUAUCAGUUGAAGAAGCACGACGCAAAAAGCGACCACGCGGCAACGUUGCGUUCAUCGAGCAGGAGGAGAUCAUUAAUCCAGAAGAUGUCGAUCCAAGUAUUGGACGGUUCCGCAACCUCGUUGCGACGGCAAUCAUCUCUAACAAUCCAAACAAAAGGACAGCACCGGCCACGAAAGGUCAGGAACCACCGCGAAAGAUUGUUCGACCUUUUCGGGAUGUGUCAUUGUCAUCACCUAUGUGUUCUACGCUAGGCGGCAUGGCUCUUAAUGCCGCUCCUGAUCUGGAAUUGUACAGUAAGACGUUGCCUGAACCAGGACAACAUAAUUUGCAUCCUCAUAUUGUUUCGAUGGAUAGCGAUGAACCGCAUAAGAAGAAAUAUGCGAAAGAGUCGUGGCCGGGCAGAAAGCCAACGUCUGGAGUCUUGUAG